AUGAACGUCACUGUUACUGUUUAUGAUAAGAAUGUCAAGCACAAAUUAGAAGAAAAUGACAAGAAUAAUAAGGGUCUCAGCAAAAAUGAUCAAUCAGUAUACAAUAAUGAAUCAAAGGGGGGUGACGGAAGUGACUAUGCAAUGUUUCCCACUAAUAUUAGGUACAUAUUUGAAGAUAAUGAUGAUGAAGUCGUGAACUCGAGUGACGCUGCUUUAACGGCAGGUAUAGACAAGACUGAGGAUGAACUUGAAAAUGUUAUAAUUAUCCAGUUGGAUGAAUCAGGGUCUCUUGAAGAUAUAACGCUGAUCAGUGAUCAAUAUGAGCUCUUGUCACACAGGACAAAUAGUCUCAGCUUGGAAGAAAAUAAAAUGAGAACAAAUGGCUCACAUGGUGAUGUUUACAAAUCAAAUGAUGAUGGAGAAGGACUCGGCGUUGGUGGUGAUAAGUUCGGAAUGGAUAUGGACAUAGAACUGGACGUGAUUUCUCAAUUUUGCGACUUAUCUCCUUUACUUGGCGAAAUAAGUCUGGAUGACUUAAUUAAGCUUUAUGUCACACAGAAUGAUCAAUUACAAAUGAUUUCCAAUUCCAUAUGA